AUGAAGAAGUAUAACAAUACAGGACAAAUCAUAGGCCAUGGAAUCCUAACAAGUGGAUUUUACCAUGACUCUGUCACAAUAUCAUAUAAAGGGUCUAUGGUGACAUUUGAAAGGAUCUUAACUACCUUAACAGCAAUAGACAUAUCAGAUAAUGCUUUGGAAGGUAGAAUUCCUGUGUCAAUUGGAAAUCUUUGUUCUCUACAUGUACUGAACUUGUCUCACAAUGCCCUCAGUGAAGAAACUCCUCCCCAACUUGGUAGCAUCGCUGCUUUGGAGUCUCUCGACCUAUCUUCAAACAUGCUAUCAGGUGAGAUCCCACAAGAGUUGACAGAUCUCACCUUCCUUAGCAUCUUGAACCUGAGCAACAACCAGUUGGUAGGUCAGAUACCACAAUCGCAUCAAUUCACGACAUUCCAGAAUAGCUCAUUUGAUGGCAAUGUCGGACUCUGUGGACCCCCUCUAUCCAAGCCAUGUGGCACUCCGACAAAUAUUCAAACUGAAGAGCAUCCACAAAACUCCUUUGACAUUGUUUUGUUUCUCUUUGUUGGUGUGGGAUUCGGAGUGGGAUUUGCAAUAGCCAUUCUAGUGAAGCAAGAUUGGAUGUGGAGGUGGUUGCAUAUUAUAAGGAUUCUAUGA